CUAGGCGAUAAGAGAGUUUCCCUCGCCCUCGCUGACCUUCUACUUAUUACGGUAGGAGCGCCCGACCCCCUCCAUUGACUGAAAUCCUUCUCCUUCUCCUCCUCAGCCUCGAAGCACACCGUUGACCUUUCAACACCGUGCUUGUGGAAAUCGAAGGUGGUGUUCGCUACUGGUCAAAGGUAUAGUUCUGAGCCCUUUUAACUAUAUUGUUGCUUUUGAAACCGGAGUUCUCUAAGCAGAGGGCUGGUGGUGUUACCUCUAGCGUUUAGAUGAGAUUCCUCGCUCCCAAUUGAUUGUUGACCACCACCACAGCUCUAGUCACCAUGCGCAGCUCAGCUCUCCUUCUCGCCUCUGUGGCGUGCUCGACUGCAGCAGCUGAGACCGUCCUCGGCGUCUACCUCUUCUCCAGACAUGGUGAUAGGACUGCAAAGGCCACCCCGCCGUCCAGUCUCACGGACCUUGGCUACCAGGAAGUUUUCACCUCCGGCACCUACUACCGCAACCGCUACGUCGCCGCCGAUGGCAGCCGUCCCAUCUUCGGCAUCGAGCCCGAGGUGGUCAAGCAGUCUCAGAUCACGGCCUCGGCGCCACUCGACACCGUCCUCAUGCCAUCCGCCAUGGGUUUCCUCCAGGGCCUCUACCCACCGGUUGGCGAGACGUUGGGCAGCCAGACCCUUCGCAACGGCACCGUCGUGCAGACUCCCUUGAACGGCUUCCAACUGAUUCCCGUGCAGACGGUCGCCAACGGCGCCGGCAGUGAGAACGCCGCCUGGCUGCAAGGGUCGACGAACUGCGCCAAUGCCCAGAUCAGCUCCAACAACUACUACAUCAGCAGCCAAUACCAAGCGACGCUGAACCGGACCAAGGGCUUCUACACGGACAUGUAUCCGUUUGUGAACAAGACCUUCACCGAGUCCCAGACCAGCUUCAAGAACGCGUACACGAUCUUCGACCUGCUCAACGUGGCCAGCAUCCACAACGCCAGCGUGCCGCUGCCCGACGACGCCGACUUCUUCCAGCUGCGCACCCUGGCCGACCAGCACGAAUGGGGCCUCGCGUACAACGAGAGCGAGCCGAUCCGGGCGGUGACGGGCUCUAUCAUCGCCGCGCAGGUGGUCCAGGCUCUCAACGGCACCAUCACCGGCAAGGGCAAGAACGUGUUCAACAUCCAGUUCGGCGCGUACGGCGGGAUGAUGUCGUACUUUGGCCUCAGCAACCUCACGGCGGCCAGCCCGCUCUUCUACGGCGUGCCUGACUACGCGUCCAGCCUGGUGUGGGAGCUCGUGACCAACGCGACGGUCGGCAGCGGCGCCGCGUUCCCGUCGGCCGACGACAUCAGCGUGCGCUUCUACUUCCACAACGGCACGACCUCGAACAUCAGCGAGCCCGUCGAGUUCCCGCUGUUCGGCACGGGGCGCUCGCCCAUCCCCUGGUCCGAGUUCGUGGCCUCCUCGAACAAGUACGCCAUCGGCUCGCAGGCCCAGUGGUGCAGCGCCUGCGGCAACUCCACGGGCGUGUGUAGCCCCAGCGCGCUGGGCACCGACGACUCCGGCAGCGCCGUCGGCUCCUCCAGCUCAAGCCCCAGCUCGUCCGACCACCACAGCGGCGGCAUCAGCAAGGCCGUGGCCGGCGUGAUUGGCGCCAUGGUCACCCUGGGCGUCAUCCUCGGCGCGGAGCUGUUGAUCAUGCUGGUUGGCGGACUCCGGCUCGUCAGCAAGCGACGGCUCACCAGGACCGCGAGCAAUGGAUCCAGCGGCGUGAUGGGUGAGGGCGCCCAGGCAAAGGCUUAGCUAACCUCGGCCUGACGCUUGAAUGGAGGAAUGUGAGAGAGAGGAAGGGAGAGAGGGAGGGAGAGCGCCUCUUCUGCCCCUCGGCGCGUCCCCAGCCACGCAAACGAGACUGAUCUGCGAGAAAAGAGAAAAGGCCUGUUUCUGCUGCGAGAGGGGUAUUUGGAAAGACCCGGUUUCCAACAGAGCACAUGCGAAGGAGAGGAGGGAAAAGGGAGAUCGUUGGGAAACGAGCGAGUACGGUGUGUAGGGAAGAAUCGUGGUUGUGGUGUGGUGUGAUUUUUACGCGACGGGAGGGGUGCUGCCCCCUUGUCCCUGUCUCCCCUUUUUCGCCAUAUCCUUCAGAGAGAUCGUACUACCAAGCUUGUAGGUGUCCGUUAAUAAUAAGAGAGCAAUACGAGCUCCCCGCUGGUAAAUUGCCAAAUGGGGCAAAUUUGCGUCGACCGGGAUCAAAGAAUUUCCGAUCCGAAGGACGAAGCAUCAGUUGAUUUUCC